CGGCGUAACGCGUACGGGCGAGGUUUCAAAUCGCACUCCUCGACGUAUCGCGCGUGCGCGCGCGCGUCCGCGACGUGAGCGAGCGAGCGAGACUGAGCGAUGCAAGAUCGAGCGAUUCGUGUCGCCGCCACCGUCAUUGCGACGGUGAAGAUGCGGUGAAGUUUGCCGCGGAAGAACGAGAAGCUGUCAGUCGAGUCAGGCGGGCGGGCAGAGCGCGGCAGUCAGCCAUCUUGCUUGGUGCACGCUUGGAUCUCGUAACGCAUAGUUGAGCUCGCCUCCGUCAACUACCCUUUUCGGGAGGUCGUGUGCGUGCGGGCGGUGGCAGAGCAGCAGCUCUCCAGGUGGUGCGCUGUAGGCACGUCGGAGUCACAGCUGUGGAGAGGAGACAAAGAGAGAGAGAAGGAAAGUGUGCGCGCGUGUGUGUGUGUGUGUUUCGUGUAUUUGUUCGCGCGUGUUAUUACGAGCGGCGUAACGCGAAUUACGCGACUCCGACGGCAGGAUGGCGGGCAACACGGGUAUGGAACAGUUGAUCCCGAUCGUGAACAAGCUGCAGGAUGCGUUCACGCAGCUCGGCGUGCAUAUGCAGCUCGAUCUGCCGCAGAUCGCGGUGGUGGGCGGCCAGAGCGCGGGCAAGAGCUCCGUGCUUGAGAACUUCGUCGGCAAAGAUUUCUUGCCAAGAGGUUCAGGCAUUGUGACAAGAAGACCUCUCAUCUUACAAUUGAUUAACUGCCCAACUGAAUAUGCAGAGUUUUUGCAAUGUAAAGGUAAGAAAUUUGUAGAUUUUGAUGAGGUACGGAAAGAAAUUGAAGCAGAAACAGACAGAGUGACCGGAGGUAACAAGGGCAUUUCUAAUAUACCAAUUAAUCUCAGAGUAUAUUCACCCAACGUUCUAAAUUUGACAUUAAUUGAUUUACCUGGACUUACAAAAGUACCAAUCGGAGAUCAGCCAGCAGAUAUAGAAGCCCAAAUUAAAGCCAUGAUCUUUCAAUUUAUCAAACGUGAAAAUUGUCUCAUAUUGGCAGUCACACCAGCCAAUACUGAUUUAGCUAAUAGCGAUGCUCUUAAACUUGCUAAAGAAGUGGAUGCACAAGGUGUACGUACAAUUGGUGUUAUUACUAAACUGGAUCUCAUGGACGAUGGCACUGAUGCAAGAGAUAUUUUGGAAAAUAAAUUAUUGCCGUUGAGAAGAGGUUAUAUUGGUGUUGUUAACAGAAGUCAAAAAGAUAUAGAAGGACGAAAGGAUAUCAAAAAUGCUUUAGCCGCUGAGCGAAAGUUUUUUCUCAGCCAUCCGUCUUAUCGUCAUCUAGCAGAAAGGUUGGGUACACCAUAUUUGCAGAGAGUUCUCAAUCAACAAUUAACAAAUCAUAUCAGGGAUACCUUGCCAGCUCUAAGAGAUAGAUUACAAAAGCAACAAUUAACUUUAGAGAAAGAUGUCGAACAGUACAAACAUUUCAGGCCUGAUGAUCCUGCAAUCAAAACAAAGGCUAUGUUACAGAUGAUACAGCAGCUUCAAUCAGAUUUCGAGAGAACUAUAGAAGGCUCAGGUUCAGCACAAAUUAAUACUAUGGAACUCAGUGGUGGUGCAAAAAUCAACAGACUUUUCCACGAGCGUUUUCCGUUCGAAAUUGUUAAAAUGGAAUUUGAUGAAAAAGAAUUAAGAAAAGAAAUUGCUUUCGCCAUCAGAAAUAUACAUGGUAUCAGGGUGGGAUUGUUUACCCCAGACAUGGCUUUUGAGGCAAUAGUCAAAAAACAAAUAAACAGACUUAAAGAACCAAGUCUCAAGUGUGUAGACUUAGUCGUGCAAGAACUUAGUAAUGUUGUACGCAUUUGUACAGAUAGGAUGUCGCGUUAUCCCAGACUAAGAGAAGAAACGGAACGUAUCAUAACGACAUACGUCAGGCAGCGCGAACAAAUGUGUAAAGAGCAGCUGAUCUUGUUGGUGGAUUGCGAACUCGCAUACAUGAAUACGAAUCAUGAAGAUUUCAUCGGUUUUGCGAACGCUGCAGCCAGUAGCCAUAAUGCAAGUGCACAGCAAUCCUCGGAGAAUGCUGUUAAGUCUGGACGGCACACGUUAGGCAAUCAAGUAAUUCGUAAAGGUUACAUGUGUAUACAUAAUCUUGGUAUUAUGAAGGGUGGCUCGAGAGAUUACUGGUUUGUUUUAACAUCAGAAAGUAUCUCCUGGUUUAAGGAUGAAGAAGAACGUGAAAAGAAAUAUAUGUUGCCUUUGGAUGGACUGAAAUUGCGUGAUUUAGAGCAAGGUUUCAUGUCGCGUCGUCAUCUGUUUGCGUUAUUCAAUCCAGAAGGAAGAAAUGUUUAUAAGGAUUAUAAACAACUGGAGUUGAGUUGUGAAACACAAGAUGAUGUUGAUUCUUGGAAGGCAUCAUUCCUGAGGGCUGGUGUAUAUCCCGAAAAAUCAACAGAGCAAGCAAAUGGUGAAGAGGAUAAGCAGAGGGGCGGUUCAGAGGGUCAAUCAUCAAUGGAUCCUCAACUGGAGCGUCAAGUGGAAACUAUUAGAAACUUAGUAGAUUCUUACAUGAAGAUUGUCACGAAAACUACUCGCGAUCUGGUUCCAAAGACAAUUAUGCAUCUUAUUAUUAAUAACGCUAAGGACUUCAUCAAUGGGGAACUGUUGGCACAUCUUUACGCAAGUGGCGAUCAGGCUUCAAUGAUGGAAGAAUCUCCCGAAGAAGCGCAGAAACGAGAGGAAAUGUUACGCAUGUAUCACGCAUGCAAAGAAGCUCUUCGUAUCAUUGGAGAUGUCUCUAUGGCCACAGUUUCAACUCCAGUACCACCACCCGUGAAGAACGAUUGGCUGAUAUCCAGCGAAAAUCCAAGUCUUGGAUUAUCGCCACCAUCUCCUGGUGGUCCAAGACGUGGAGUGACACAGCCACCACCUAUUUCUAGCUCUCGAGCACCACCACCAGUACCUGGAAGCGGCCGACCAGCACCAGCCAUUCCUAAUAGACCUGGUCCCGGUGGACCACCACCAACGCGAGCUAAUCCUGGCCUACCUCCACCUAUGAUACCAUCUCGAGGGGGUGGUCUACAGCAGAGGAUAACGCAAGCUGCGACACAGGCUGCGACACAGGCUGCUGUGAACGAGCUGAUGGAUGCGUUCAAGAUCAAGCGUCCCGUACCUAAUAUUCCCCCCCGAAUUCCUGACAGACCAUAUUCUGGCCGACUAAACUGAGCUACUCCGACACAGCAGUGGCAUACAAGACAGUAGCUUGUGCUACACAAGAUACAACAAUCCGAGACAGCAUCAGGAAAGGUUUCGUCUCGGAUGACGGACGAUGGACGAACCGGAUGUACCACAAGGCAAGGCUAACGAAAGAAAUCCUGAGUUGCGCGAUGAGAACACAAAGAUCUCUUAAAGCGAGCGUCCUAUAUUACUCUUAUCUCAACGGCCUCAAUGUCGAAGAUUGUCGACGUUUACCGACAGAGACAGGAAUCACGAGGAGUAAUUAGAAACGCAAGAAGGAACCAUUUGUGUAGAGAGAAAAAGGAAUAAGGCUGUGUUAUGCGAAUACUGGAGAAGAAAGAGGAACCAAGAGACGUAGGUCAGACGCAAAAAAAUUACUUGUCCGUUUCUCGAUGGUUGAAACAGUCAGAAAGACUCCAUCAGUCACUUCUUCAACCAUUUCUUUCUCUGGUAUAUACUUCAUCUUCUAUCUUUAUUUAUGUACAGCUAGACUCGCAUUAGAUUAUGAUGUAGUUUUAAGUAUUAACACUGCGCUCGACACGCGCUAGGUAUGUUUUUAAAAGGAUAAUUUCGUGCGAAACGACAAAUAGAAAUCUUACAACAAGAAGGACGAUUCAGAUUCAGCGUUUCUCGUUUCUGUUCAAUUUAAAAAGUCACUUAAAAUCGCGAUUAUCAGUAUUAUGAACAAGUUAAGACUACUAAGUACUCUCUCAAGAGUACGAGUUUAGUCUUUCGAGAAAUGUCGAAGUCGCGGUAUUGUCGUAUAACUUAAUUUCAAUUAAUGAUUUGUAACCGUGAAAUUGCAAAUGAAUAAUUUAAAAACUUUACCGGUUACCUUAAAUACUCCUUUCUACUACUCUCCUGCCUUUAUGCGAUAUUUGAGAUACAUCUUAUCCUUCUUGUCGUAAGUUGGUGGAAAUAUAGGUAGAAGCGAUUUUUUUUCACAUACAAGACGAGUAUAGGCAACUCAAUUACCUCAAUUAUAAAAGAAUUAAUUAAAACAGAGAGACUAAGUCACAUUUCGUGAAAGAGGGGAGCUUGCGAUCAGACACGCUAUCAGCAUUCCAGAGAAAUUUCGGUUAUGAAAAAUCACACGGAAAUAUAAAUUAUUGUGAUCAGUACAUUAUUACCGUAAUGAAACAGAUCUACUUGUCCAAUCGUGCCAAGAAAAUCGUUCAUUAGGUACAAUAACGAUGCUAUCUUUAAGGAUCUCUAGAAAUUCUGCGAUGAACAACGAAACGGUAGGGCCAUUGUACUGACAAUGAGUGGUGUGUAAAAGAUACAAAAGAUGAAAAUAGUAAUAUUUAUUUCGAGCAAUCGUGUAGAAUUUGUUUUUUUAUUGACGCAUGCGCAAUUAUUUUUACACAUCUUUUUAUAGUUAUUUUUGCAUUAUUAUGUUAAUAACUGCGCGACGAUGGCGGUAUUGGAAAACGCAUCACAAUUAUUCUGUAAAUGAAGUCAAAACGACAAAUUAUAAAUGAAGUAACGGAAAUUGUACAUAUAGAAUUUACAAAUAUAGUAUUACGCGUAAAUGUGUUAGGAAGAAAGAGAUUUUUGUAUUACCAAAUAUUACUACGCUAACAGCCAGUCUUAUAAUACGUGAACACUGACUGAUGACGAUCAAUGUGUAUAGGACAAUGAAUCAAAUAAAUGAAUAUUUAA